AUGGCCCCACCAUCUUUCCCUCACAAAUGUCUGGCCUUUCAUGGACCAAUGCUAUACGAAGCCAAAACCAUAAAAAUAUGGGACCCUGAAGAGCAAACCGUUCGAACCAAAUCCUCAGAAACAAGCGGUGAACCGUAUUUCACUAAGGAUGAAAUUCCUUCAGAUCUCCCUCCAGAACUCGAAACUAAAGUCGCGUACUACAUUCACUACAAGGGCUGGAAGUCUACUUGGGACGAAUGGGUCUCCGAUGACCGUGUACUUGCUUGGAAUGAAGAAAAUCUUCGCACCCAAAAAGAAUUAAAAACAAUCGCCUUAGCCGCUGCAAAUAAACGACGUCAAGGAACCGGCUCAGUCGCUAUCUCAGUUGUUUCCGGAAGCCACAAUGGCCCAAACGGAUCAUCAGUACCUGAUAAUGUAAUAAAUGGUGAUUCAGCUCAUGAUAAUUCAGCUAAUGGUCAUCACGGGGAUUGCGACGAUGACCCAGAUGGGAUAACCCGUGGAUCACCAAGUGUCGACCAUGUGGCAGGUACAAAGCGCCGUGAAAGCUCGCACAAAGAUGAAGUCGUGCAUUCAGGACGAACUACUAAGCGUGGGCGUAACCUGGAUCUUGACUUGGAAAAAGAAGAAGAUUACAUUCGCAAACCAGAAGUUAGUCUAACAGUACCUGAUCCCUUAAAAUCUGUCUUAGUUGAUGAUUGGGAAUAUAUUACCAAAGAACAUCAAGUGGUUCCUUUGCCUCGCGAAAUCACAGUUGCUGAUAUGCUGGACAUGUAUCGCAAAAGUGUUGGGAAAAAGAAGCCGGGAACUGCCGAGUAUGACAUUUUUGAAGAAGUUCUUGCAGGGGUAAAAUUAUAUUUUGACCGCGCACUUGGAAAUAUAUUACUAUACCGCUUUGAGCGCCAGCAAUACCUUUCUAUCAAACAAAAAUACCCAGACAAGCCUGCCAGCGAAAUUUAUGGACCUGAGCAUUUGUUGCGUCUUUUUGUCUCUUUCCCAGCUCUUAUUGCUCAAACAAACAUGGACCAACAAAGUAUUGGUGUUUUACGAGAACAUCUUCAAGAUUUAUUACGUUAUAUGGCAGAUCAUAAAAAGAAGCUUUUCUUGAAGGACUACAAAAACACGUCUCCUCAAUAUGAAGCUAUUUCUCGCUCCUUUUAA